AUGGCCGAGGGAGGCGAGCGUCUGGAAGCCACCGCACACAGGGAAUAUCACCAGCUGUGGGGUGGCCCCGGCGCGUUGCGAUACCACCGUCGCAGCGUCUUCUUCGUUCACGUCUUCCCGGCUCCGGCGCACAUGGCGCGCCUGCAUGGGCUCUUCACUGUUCAGCGACCGAGGCGAAUGGCGACUUUUGUCGCGUGUCUCCGUUCACCGGCGGGGGCGAGAGCCGGCGAGCGAGGGGGAGCUCGAGGUUGCGAUGGUGGUGGCCCAUACCUCGGGCUUCCGCCCACCUGUUCCGGCGAGUGA